AGAAAUCCUUCUUCCAUCCCACCAUGUCCUAAAUGAGCGCACAGAUACAUUCAAGAUGUCAAGCAACAGCUCUUCAGGAAAUUGCACUGAUCCUGAUAUGGGAUUUCAGACCUCCCUGUAUGCAACCACUUACAUCAUAAUAUUCAUACCUGGUCUUCUAGCAAACAGUGCUGCAUUAUGGGUUUUAUGUCGCUUCAUCAGUAAGAAAAACAAAGCUAUUAUUUUUAUGAUUAAUUUGUCUGUAGCUGAUCUUGCUCAUGUGCUCUCGUUACCUCUUCGAGUGUAUUAUUAUAUAAACCACGUGUGGCCUUUUGGGAGUUUGCUUUGCCAGUUCUGUUUCUACCUGAAGUAUCUCAAUAUGUAUACAAGCAUCUGUUUCCUUACCUGCAUAAGCAUUCAAAGGUACCUUUUCCUCCUCUAUCCUUUCAAAGCCAAAAACUGGAAGAGUAGGUAUGACAUUGCCAUUAGUGCUGCUGUAUGGAUCUUUGUUGGAGCUGCUUGCUCACCUGUUCUAAUUCUGAGAAGUUCUACCCCAUCCAACAAUACAAUUACCUGCUUUGCAGAUCUUAAAAUAAAGCAAAUGACUAUGGCAACUUCUAUUACUUUAGUAACAGUGGCUGAAUUAUCAGGGUUUGUGAUUCCCUUAGUUAUUAUUGCAUAUUGCACUUGGAAAAUGAGACAAUCUCUACAAGAAUCUGAAGUGCCCUUGCAACAGAGAAAUGAAAAAGAGAAAGCUUUACGGAUGAUCCUGAUGUGUGCAGCUGUAUUCUUCAUAUGUUUCACACCAUAUCAUAUAAACUUUCCUUUAUUUAUGAUGGUGAAACAGAAUGUUAUUACAAACUGCUCCAUACUCAGAAGUACACUUCAUUUUCAUCCAGUUUCUUUAUGUCUAGCCAGCUUGAACUGUUGUCUGGAUCCAAUUCUUUACUACUUUAUGACAUCAGAGUUCCAGAAAAAAUUAUUGCAAUGCAGUGACUUUGCCCUCCGGAGUUGCCUCAUGGACAAAGAGAGUGACUCAUCUUUCCAGGACCACAGCGAUGAUUUUGAAACACAGAAACACUUCACACAUUUUAAAUGUUGGUCUGUUCGAAGGUUCUGGCCAAAUAAAUACAUGGAAGCUCCUCCAACUGAGCCAGAGAGACUUUCAUUACAGUAUCCCUUUUGAAGCUCAAGGCACUUUGCUCGACACAGAUGCACUCCAUGGAGAUCGCAUUAAGGCCAGACAUAUGUACUGAAUAACAUCUCUGACUUAAAACAUUCAACACAGAAAGACAUUUUAACUGUGUUUUAUAAUAUCAUCUAUCCCUCUCAUCCCACAACCUCCUCCUCACAAAACUUCCUGGAUCAUCUCUUAGAUCCCAUAAUUUAUCUCAAUUAAAAAGACACUUCCAAAUGUACGCUCAACAUCUGAUCUAUGUUUUAAAAUACCAUUGACCAUAAUGAGAAUUCCUGCCAAAACAGCUACAACCUACUGCUUCCAAAUAGGCUGUUUCCACCUGUGAGGCUUCUGUACCUACAAAAAUGUACCUUAUAACUAUGUCUCUUGCUUUUAGGCAAUGUUUGGUAGGACUUUUAUCCAAGAUAAAUUUAGAACAUCUGGGAUAUGUGAGAAUACAUUUUAAAAUCAUUAAAUUAAUGUUUUCUAUUGAAAA